AUGGCAAAAGAUUGCGAUGAAGCGCCAUACCCCCGGCAUAUACCUUAUUGGAGACUCAUGACCGAUCAGGGUUUUGUUACCCAAGAGAUCAUCGAUUAUCCCUACGCUGGUGCAGGAACAGAAGAAGAUCCGUUCGUUGUUGAAUGGAUUCCCAACGACCCCAGAAAUCCCAUGCAGUUCAAUCCCCGUGUCAAAUGGCUUUAUACCGUGAUUGUCGCGUUUGCAACCUUGGCCGUCUCCCUGGCUUCCUCGGCAUAUGCAGGUGGUAUAUCGGAGGUGCUCAAAGAUAUGGAUGUCAGUGAAGAAGUCGCCACUCUUGGUGUCUCUCUUUUUGUCCUUGGAUUUGCGAUUGGGCCACUUCUUUGGGCUCCUCUCAGUGAGCUUGUCGGGCGUCAAGUCGUCUUUUUGAUUACAUUCCUUGCUCUUUCCUGCUUCUGUGCUGGUGCUGCUGGGUCUCAGAACAUAUGGACUCUGAUCAUCCUCCGCUUUUUCGCCGGUUCUUUCGGCUCAUCGCCUUUUACCAAUGCGGGCGGAGUGAUUGCCGAUAUAUUUGCUGCGGACCAGCGUGGUCUAGCGACGAGUUUGUUUGCCGGAGCACCUUUCCUUGGCCCCUCGUUAGGUCCUGUGGUGGGUGGAUUUCUCGGUGAGAAUGCCGGCUGGAGAUGGGUGCAAGGAUUCCUGGCUAUCUUCACUGGUAUCAUAUGGAUGGUGGAGAGCCUAUGUAUUCCUGAGACCUAUGCACCUGUCUUGCUAAGAAAGCGUGCUCAGCGUCUCUCUUCUCUCACUGGCCAUGUGUACCGCAGCAAAAUGGAGAUUGACCGGGGCAAGGUAUCUGCGCGCGAGGCAUUCGGCGCCGCACUGAGUCGCCCCUGGAUCCUUCUAUUUGCCGAGCCGAUCGUCCUGCUACUUUCAAUUUAUAUGGCUAUUGUGUAUGGAACUCUCUAUAUGCUUUUCGACGCCUUUCCAAUCGUUUUUCAAGAGAUUCGUGGCUGGAGUGAGGGUAUUGGGAGCUUGCCAUUCCUCUCGGUGAUGAUCGGGAUGAUGGUGGCGGUGGGACUCAAUAUGCACGACAAUAAACGGUAUAUCCGUAUUCACAAAAAGCAUAACGGGUUUGCACCACCAGAGGCUCGUCUACCUCCUUCUAUUUUAGGUGGUCUCGCUAUUCCUAUCGGCUUGUUCUGGUUUGCCUGGACUAAUUCUCCAUCGAUCCCGUGGAUUGUGUGCGUGCUUGCUACCGCCCCCUUCGGCUUUGGCAUGGUGCUGGUUUUCCUGGGGAUCAUGAAUUAUCUCAUUGAUUCGUACACCAUUUACGCUGCCUCAGUCCUUGCUGCAAACUCUAUCAUUCGUUCGUGUUUCGGUGCAGUCUUUCCGCUUUUCACCACAUACAUGUACCACAACCUCGGUAUACACUGGGCAUCGUGCAUUCCAGCUUUCCUUUCACUUGCCUGCGUCCCCUUCCCAUUCAUAUUUUAUCGCUACGGUCCUGUUAUUCGACAAAGGUGCAAAUACGCAGCGGAAGCAGACGAUUUUAUGCGUUCCUUGACCAAAAAGGCCAAUGACCUGGAUCCCGAGCCCGAGCACGAGAUUGAAGCGGGAUCUGAUCUCAUUGGUGUUGAAAACAAUCCUGAAAUAACGGAUUCGCUCCACAUCGCGUCAGACAGCGCUUCGACAAGUUCUCGGUCGACAUUGGAGCGUACAGAGACAGUCUAUGAGGCCAAUCCCUACGAUAUUGACCACGUGAACACGCACAAUUCCGCUAUCACCCAGCACUCAAGGCGUGUCAAAGAAAGUCGAUGGAAAGUCUUUAGCUUUGGUCGUGACUGA